UCAAAUAUCCGAGCAGAAUUAUAUCAAGGAAUAGUUGAUAGUGUUUUAGCUGGAGAAACAAGAGGUGAUCAAGUUGGGACAAAGUUUGUUUUACCUGCAUCAUUUAUUGGAGGACCAAGAGAUAUGCGUCGAAGGUAUCUUGAUGCUAUAGCUUUAGUACAAAAAUAUGGAAAACCUAAUCUUUUCAUCACUAUGACAUGCAAUCCAGACUGGGUUGAGAUACAAGAAGAAUUAAAACAAGGCCAAGUUCCACAAGAUAGACUAGAUCUUACAGCUAGGAUAUUUCGAGCAAAGUUACAUGAUCUAAAAGAUCAAUUAUUCAAGAAAGGGAUCCUUGGUAAAGUGGCUGCACACGUACAUGUUGUUGAAUUUCAAAAAAUGGGGCUUCCACAUGCACACAUACUGAAAAUUAUGCACAAGGACUUCAAGAUAACAAAUGCUGAUGUUUUUGAUAAAUUUGUAUGUGCAGAAAUUCCAGAUUUUAAUGAAGAUCCAGUUUUACAUGAGAAAGUUGUGAAACAUAUGAUGCACGGACCCUAUGGAGAUUUGAAUAAACUAAAUGCUUGUAUGAGGAAUGGAGUGUGUAAGAGUCGAUAUCCUCGUUCAUUUAUUGAAAAUACCAUGCAAGGUAAAGAUUCUUACCCUAUUUAUAGACGAAGAAAUACUGGAAUACAAGUUAAGGUACGACGACAUUAUUUGGAUAACAGAUGGGUUGUUCCUUAUAAUUCAUACAUUUUGACAAGAUAUGAUUGCCAUAUUAAUGUUGAGAUAUGUUCUGGAUUGAAGGCAAUAAAGUACCUAUACAAAUAUGCUUAUAAAGGACAUGAUCGUGUGGCUGUUUCUAUAUCACAUGGUAAUGGAGAAUAUUUACUGGAUGAAAUCAAGCAAUACAGAGAUGCAAGAUGGGUGUCAGUACUAGAAGCCAUGUGGAGAAUUUGGAAUUCAAUUUGA